CGAAGGCUGGGGGGGUCCUGGGAGGCUGCAAGUGGCCAGAGCCGCGUGCGCAGCCGGCAGGCAGCGUGGAGUCGGUGGGCUGAAUCUUCACCACUGUCCUGCCGGGUUCCGCCCCUCCCGGCCCCGCCCCGAGGCGGUGCCAGCCCAGGUCCCGCCCCUGGGAGGGCGCUUCCGGCACAGCGGAACUCCGGGUGCCGGUUGAGGUUGAUGGUGGACCUGCUCUGGUGGUCUUGGAUGAGGCCCCAUGAGCGCGGCGCCCCUGGUGGGCUACAGCAGCAGCGGCUCCGAGGAUGAGUCCGAGGACGGGAUGCGGACCAGGCCGGGGGAUGGGAGCCACCGUCGUGGCCGGAGCCCCCUUCCCAGGCAGAGAUUUCCAGUACCUGACAGUGUGCUGAACAUGUUCCCCGGCACCGAGGAGGGGCCUGAAGAUGACAGCACAAAACACGGGGGACGGGUGCGCACCUUCCCCCACGAGCGGGGCAACUGGGCCACCCACGUCUAUGUACCAUAUGAAGCCAAGGAGGAGUUCCUGGAUCUGCUUGAUGUGUUGCUGCCCCAUGCCCAGACAUAUGUCCCCCGGCUGGUAAGGAUGGAGGCAUUCCACCUCAGCCUGUCCCAGAGCGUGGUUCUGCGCCACCACUGGAUCCUCCCCUUCGUGCAGGCUCUGAAAGCUCGUAUGACCUCCUUCCAGAGGACCUUUAUUGGGCUUGAGGUCACUUCAGGGCAUGCCCAGUUCCUGGACCUGGUUUCAGAGGUGGAUAGAGUCAUGGAGGAAUUCGACCUCACCACUUUCUACCAGGACCCUUCUUUCCACCUCAGCCUGGCCUGGUGUGUGGGUGAUGCACGUCUCCAGCUGGAGGGGCAGUGCCUGCAGGAACUACAGGCAAUCGUGGAUGGGUUUGAAGAUGCUGAGGUGCUGCUGCGCGUGCACACUGAGCAAGUCCGCUGCAAGUCUGGGAACAAGUUCUUCUCGAUGCCUUUGAAGUGAGCACCAGAGGCCUUCCUCCUCCAGGGCCCUCUGCAGACCAGGCUGAGAUGGAGGAACCUGCUAAAAUCGAUGGAGAUGCUUCUAGCCUCCCAGUAGGAGGCCCCAGCCAUGCCUUCAAGCUGGCAGGAGGUGUAGCCACUCAUCCUCCCUGAGUGCUGAUAUUCUCUCUCUCUCUCUCUUCUCCUUUCUCUCUCCUCUCCUCUCUGUCUUCCUCUCCUCUCUCUUCCUCUCCUCUCUCUCUCUUCCUCUCCUCUCUCUCUCUUCCUCUCCUCUCUCUUCCUCUCCUCUCUCUUCCUUUCUUUUCUCUCUCUUCCUCUCCUUUCUUCCUCUCCUCUCUCUUCCCCUCCUGUCUCUCUUCCCCUCCUCUGUCUCUUCCUCUCCUCUCUCUUCCUCUCCUCUCUCUCUUCCUCUCCUCUCUCUCUUCCUCUCCUCUCUCUCUUCCUCUCCUCUCUCUCUCUUCCUUUCUUCUCUCUCCUUUCUCCCUCUCCUGUCUCGGCUGUUGUGGGUUGCAGGUUGGGUGCUGCUGUGUUGUGGUCCUUCGCAGAAACUGCCAGUAGAGGGCAGCCUGGGCAUCCUAAUUCUUACUCUGGUUGUUACACAAAGGAAAUAUUGGGGUCACUGGCGAGCCCACCCACGCUGGCCAGAAUCUCCACUGUAGUCCCCCUAACAAACAGCCCUUCACUCCCUCUCCCACUUCAGCAAUUUGUAUUUUGAUGCCAUUGGCCUCAGAUCAGUGUUUUAAAUCAUCACGCCCUGGCUUAUCCCUGGUCAAGCCAGGACAUGGGGUGCUUCAGUGGGUCUGUCACCCUCUCUCCUUGAAGCAUGUCGCUUUUAUUUAUUUACUUUUACUCUCACCCUGCUCCUGUGCCAGCAGGGGCCACUUCAAGGCCAAGGUACAGGGUGAUAACUUGUGGUCCAGCAUCAGUUUUCUCCACUUCUUUCUCCCACUCACCCCCAGCAAGGUGCCUGGGGAGACUUGAGCAGAUGUUUCAUUUUGGCCUGGCCAGUGGCUGAAAGCCAGGCCUCCAAUGCACUGUGACCUCUGGCUUCCCCAGCAGCUUUCCCAGAGAGGCAGAGGGGCCUUCCACAGCCCGGGUUCUCCUGCUGCCUCCUGCCUGCUGCAGCUGCAGGCAUUCUGAGGGGCAACGUGGAGGAAGGGCCAGGGAUGCAUGGGAUUUUAAUUUUUUCAUCAAACCUUCCCCAUGGCAAAGGAACAGUCAGUCCUCUUCAGGUGUCUUCUGGAUUUCUGGUGAUGGACAGAGAAAUCUUUUUAUGUUACAGUUUUAAAUUAUGUUCAACAAAUAAAAAUGGCAUUUUUUAUUUUGGA